AUGUGCUUAAUAUUUCUUACAGUUUUAUUCUUCACUUACUUCCGAAGUCUGGAUUGUCUUACCGAUCAGAAGUUGGUUAUAUCCCGUUUCAACUUCUUCGACACCGAUCUCCUUCGAUACUCCGCCGAGGAGCGCAAAGGGAAUGUAGUCGUGUCGCCACCCAGUGUCAAGUCAACGCUGGCGAUGCUGCUAGAAGGAGCCAAUGGUGCCACCGCGACGGAAAUAAGAAACGCCUUAAGGUUGUCGCCCGAUAAAGAGGAGUUUAGGGAGCAGUUGAACGAAUAUCUGACUAUGUUACGGGUAAACGACCCUGGAGCGACAUUACUAAACUCCAACGCAAUGUUCAUCGCAACGAAUGUCAGCGUGCGAAAGGACUUCGUAAUAAUGCUGCACAAAGUUUAUCUGUCAGAGAUUCAUGUUGUUGACUUCAAACAACCGGUGUCUGCCGCUAAUAAGAUAAAUUCCUGGGUCAGCAAUAAUACGAAAGGUCUUAUCCCGACUUUGGUGUUGCCUGAGCACAUCGAUCCCUUAUCCGAAUUGCUGCUCGCCAACACCCUUUACUUCAAGAGCAAGUGGCAGCACGCCUUCGACCCUCAGAACACGGCUGGCUCGUGCUUCCGCAACCGUGGUGAAUGUCACAUGGUCUCCAUGAUGGAGCUGCACGCUGAACUCAACUACGCGUACAUCGACAGCUUGAGGGCACACGCGAUCGAGCUACCUUACGAGGGUGGCCGCUAUUCGAUGUUCCUGCUAGUUCCUCAAGACCAAGACGGAGUUCUCUCUCUGAUUAGGGACCUGCCCUAUAUGAGCCUGCCGCAGAUUGAAAGCCACAUGGACCAGAAUGAGGUCCGUCUCUUCUUGCCUAAAUUCAACAUCGAUUACGAUGAGGAUAUGGCUGCAACACUACGAGCCAUGAAAAUUACAUCUUUGUUCUCCCGGAGUGCUGACCUUACAGGGAUGUUUAAUGGCACCUCACCUCAAGUUACCAACAUAUUCCAUAAAGUUCGUAUGUCCGUUGACGAGUCCGGAACAAUCGCUGCAGCAGCCUCCUCCGCCAUGGUCAUACCGCUCAUUGAGAAUGAAGUUCAAAUCCGCGUCGACCGCCCAUUUGUUUUUUUCAUAAGGGACAACAAAAUGGGAUUGGUGCUGUUCGAGGGAAAAAUCGAGAAGCCCACGCCCUACGUUAUGCCAGUUGCACCAAAAGCACCAGAACCCAAGACAGCUAGUCCGAACGUGCCACCAUCAUUCAGGAGCAGUUCGUUUAAACCGUACAAACUAAGAUUAUAUGGU